UUGUUGCCGGCUGGCUGCUCGUUGGAGAUGAGAUAAGAGCACUGGAAGGAGAGGAAAGCAGUGCGUGUCUGACAAGAGCUGAAUACAAAUUAGGAAUCAGCACUCCUUCAGCUAGACCACUGGGGUGAAUCAAUAUUAGUGAACUGAAAUGGACAAAUGAGUCAGCUUCAAUUACAGCAGCACCAUUAGUUGUGCAUUGAAACGGUGAAAUUAAGUGUUUAGUAAAAGUUGAUAUGAAUUCACAUCGCAAAACAGGGGACAGGAAAUGAAAAAACAAAUUAUUUUUAUAGCUGAAAAACGUACAAAAGAGGACUGUGUGCAUUUUCCAGAAUCAAAACCAGCGGUGUCAUGCAACAGUACAGCCCUCUUCAGUGGCAUGCCGAGACUGAUCCAGUUUGAGAUGGUAGUGAGGCUUGUCUAAACCUUUGACGAAAAGGGGCCGAAGGGGGCAGAGGAGCGAUGGAAUUUGAUAACAGCUCACUGGAGCUCUACUACACCAUCAACACCACAGAGAUCCCUGAGACCAUCACCACCACACCCUGGGAUGAGGCCACGCUACUGGGUCUCCAGAUCUCCCUAUCAUCCGUUUUGGCUGUUGUCACGCUGGCUACUGUGCUGUCCAACGCCUUUGUCAUCGCCACCAUCUUUCUGACCAGGAAGCUCCACACACCUGCCAACUUCCUGAUCGGCUCGCUGGCUGUCACAGACCUGCUGGUGUCCAUCUUAGUCAUGCCCAUAAGUAUCGUCUACACUGUAAGCAAGACCUGGUCGCUGGGGCAGAUUGUUUGUGACAUCUGGCUGUCAUCCGACAUCACUUUCUGCACGGCCUCCAUCUUGCACCUCUGUGUGAUCGCGUUAGACCGCUACUGGGCCAUCACGGAUGCGCUGGAGUACUCCAAACGUCGCACUAUGCGUCGGGCAGCGAUCAUGGUCGGGGUGGUGUGGGUGAUCUCCAUAUCGAUCUCCAUGCCUCCACUUUUCUGGCGGCAGGCCAAAGCCCACGAGGAGCUGACAGAGUGCAUGGUGAACACGGAUCAGAUUUCCUAUACCCUCUAUUCCACCUUUGGCGCCUUCUAUGUCCCAACAGUCCUCCUCAUCAUCCUCUAUGGACGAAUCUAUGUUGCUGCUCGUUCCCGCAUCUUCAAAACGCCAGCGUCCUCUGGGAAGCGCUUCACCACAGCACAGCUCAUCCAGACCUCUGCAGGCUCCUCUCUCUGUUCUCUCAACUCUGCCUCCAACCAGGAAGCACACCUACACUCUGGCACGAGGAGCGCUGGAGGAGGAGGGGGAGGCUCGCCGCUAUUCAUGAAUAGUGUGAAAGUGAAGCUGGCAGACAGCGUGCUGGAGAGGAAACGACUGUGUGCCGCACGGGAGAGGAAAGCAACCAAGACACUGGGCAUCAUCCUGGGUGCAUUCAUUGUCUGUUGGCUCCCAUUCUUCGUGGGCACACUUGUGAUGGCCAUAUGUAAAGAGUGUUGGUUUGAUCCAGUGCUUUUUGAUGUUUUCACCUGGCUAGGAUACCUUAACUCCCUCAUCAACCCUAUUAUCUACACCGCAUUCAAUGAUGAGUUCAAACAGGCUUUCCAAAAACUCAUUAAAUUCAAAAGGUGCUCCUAAAGACGUUACGAUCAUACGUGUGUCAAGAACUGACAUAUUUUGGCGAACAUGAGGAGCUUUAAGAUGAACUGAAUGUAAGAGAGGAUAUA